AGCGACCGGCUAAGUUGGUAUGGAAGAACUGCUGCACAGCAGGAAAUCCUUCUCUAUACAAGUUCUCGGACGAGGUUUUUGAACAGAACUUCGAUAGGCGAGAGGUGUAAGCACCGCGAGGUGUGAAGCGAUCUCGUACUAAACGAAACUACUUUCACUUUCCAUAACCAAAAUGUUCAAAAGUAAACCUAUUCCUGCAAUUGCGGUUAGUCUCGCUACCUCUUUAGUUGCCGCCCCCUACUUGCUCAUUCGCAAUUACUACCACAAGAAAGUAAGCCCUAUCUCUAAGGGGGCGAAGGAGAUGUAUUUUGGGUACUGGUGGUACUGGACAAGCUCUCAGGGAAUAAUUUCUUUCUUAUUUCUGCUUUUCUUUCCCAUGACGACUAGGAACAGGAAAAUCAAAAAUUUCACUUCGAAUUUCGGACCUCAACAUCCUGCUGCUCAUGGUGUUUCACGAUCAGUAUUGGAAAUGAACGGAGAAGUGGUGGAAUGUUUCGAAAAAAUAGUUAUGAUGACAUAGUAGGAUUAAAAAUCUCACGAGUCAAGUACUAGAUGUUGCUUGAGUAUAGGAGUAGUCGAAUUACAUUUGAAUUAAAGUACCAAGGACGUUUGAAUUUACGGAGAAGGAAAGUUAAAGAAAUAAAUUUAAGAGAAGAUUUAGGUUGCAAGAAUUAGGGGAUUAGCUUAAAUGGUUAAACUUGUUAGGUGCAAUUUCGAAGGGAUUGCUUUUGUUUCGUUUUCAGUAAAAGGAAGGUGGCAGGGACAAACAUAUUUCAGAGAAGUUCAGGGGUAUUUUGGAAAUUUUGGGAGGAGUAUUUAAGCAUAAGGAUGGAGAUUAGCCUGCCCUCGCCGCAUUUGCCUAAUAUGCAAUCUCUUGCUCCCUCUCCUCUCUCUCUCUCUCUCUCUCUCUCUCUCGUACUCUAGCGAGCAAAACGAAGAAAGAAAAGGAACCUUCUUCGAUCUGCCUCUUUUCACUCUGAUCCUCUCAUGUCGAUCUACCAUUCUCCCUCUCUUACUUGAUCUCGUUCCUCCUCCUCUCUUUCCAAAGACAAUGAGAGAAGAAAAAGGGAAUAACCACGAUGAUGAGGGAAACGAAAGGCUGUUGACGCCAGCGCUGAUAAUGAUGGUGAUGAAGUUUCGGGCGAAAAGAGGAAAGAUGGAAGUCGCCGGUGGUGGAAAUGAAGCAACUCCGACCAGCGACGAGAAGGAUCGGCUUCUGACAGGAGGUUUAAGACGAAAAGAAAACAGGGAGCCGGUGCUGGCAGGAUGGAGUUUCACCAUGGCGGUGACUACGAGGACAGGAAAUAAUCUUUUUUUGGUAGGAUUUCUAUGCGUUUUUUUUCCUUUCUUCAUUUGGUGUACUUUUUCAUCUUAAUGUCUUGCGAUGCUAACUCUGUUUCUCCUUUAUGUAUGUUUCAAACAAAGUGCUUUAGGUGAUAUUCUACUUUAAUCUAUCUCCUUUUUAUUAAGUUAGAUGGUUUAAUUAGUUUAGGAAGUCUAUUGAUUUUUAUGGGUCUCAAAACUAAUUUAUAAAACCUUUCCUUAGGAAAUCUAUGGUUGCCUAUGUGUGCUUAAUGAUUCACGAGCUUCUAGGGUGUUUAGUGGACUUGAUUUGUGGCAAGUUGAUGGCUUUAUAUUCUUGAGAUUGGGUGUUCAUGGUGGGUGCAAUUCUGGACAUUCUUGGGUGAACUGGACAUGAACUUUUGAACUUGACUUUUAAAGUUUAUUUGAUGAGGUUUUCUUAAAUCUUUGUGGCGUCUAUGAUGUGUUUGAACAUGGGUUCGAGUAAUGAAAUUAGUAGGUUAUGGUUUAUAUUUUGUUUGAAAAGGGGUUUUCUAGAUGUAGGGGAGGAGCUUGAAACAAAUAUGGUGUUUAAAUAAAACCUUCAUUAGUUGGGUCUAACAUGUGGAUUUAGUUAUGGGGUUUGAUAAUUUAUAUGAACUCAAACGAAGAGAAAGGGUAGAAAGUAGAGAAUGAAUGUGAAUGAUGAUCAUGAUGAUAAGGAGGUAAACUAACCUUAUUGCUUGACGUUUAUGGAUGAUCCCGCCUCGUCUGAGGUUUGUGGUUGACCCUGCUUCCUCUGCUAUCUUCUGUGAGCUUACUGCCGCCUUGCUUCCUUCCUUCUUUUAGCUUCUUUGAUGUCAUUUUCCCUGAUAUUGUGGCUCUGGUUUUGGCCGAGAAGAAGGAUAUAUGGAAUGGUCAGAGUUUUUGCACCUUCUUCUUUUUUUGUCCAUUCACUGAAUGUGUUUGUGGGAAAGGGAGCAUGGAGUUUUUUUUUUUUUUUUGCUUUUUGUUUGUGGUUUGUUGUCUGUAUGUGUAUAAGAAGAAGAAAAAGAAGGAGAAGCAGCAACAGCAGGAAAGGAAGUCUCAAGAAGAAAGAAGUCGCGAUUUUUUAGAAGGAGGGGAAGCAAAGUGCCGUCCAGAAGAGGAAGAAGGAAGCCCCGAGUUCCCUUCUCUACAGCUCAAGCCCUUCUUUUAUAGAGAGAUUGCUACAGUGGUUACACUAUUUGGAUUUGGGUGGAGGCUUGUGAUUGGUUGUGAGGUUAGUAGGCUCCUAGGUAGGGGAUACUGUAGUAAACAGUAACGGGUAUGGGUUUGGGUCAGACCAAGUUUGGUCAACUGGUCAGACCGGAUGUUGACUUUCUGGGCUUGGACUUUGACUAUUGUUGGUUGAUGUGGGCUUGUUCUGAGUUUUUACUUGGGCUUGGGGUUUGGCCUAGACCUUUUCAAGAUGUAAUGUAUAAUUAUAAUGAAAUUUGUUUAUUAAG